AUGACCAAAGGAAGACAGAAGCACAGCAAGACCGGCGGAAGACGGGCUCGCGACUACAAGCUCUCGGUGCCCACGCAUCAGUUUCGACUAGACAGAGUGCUCUUCUUUGAGGUCAACAAUGAAGCAAAUGAGGGCGGAGGCGUUGAAGUUGUGCACAACGCCGAUCAAACGCCAGACUUAUUUGAGUGCCUACCAAAGUCUACGAUCACUGCAAAGGGUUUUCAUACUGUGUGGGUGCGCUCCACAUGCAAAGACAAAGAGAAGCUAACCCAAAUGCUUCUCGGGGACUCGCUUGGCCGCAAGUAUUCAUACUACAUCAUUGUGAGAGCUAAGCCGUCCAAAGUGCCGGCCACACGGUCGGGAAACAACAAAAAGGCAUGGGUCUCGCAAGCUGCUAUCGGAAACAGUGGAGCCACUUCCAGCACAGCCCAACGUCGUCAUCUACAGGAGCUCUAG